AUGUUCAUAUGUACUUUGCCAGAAGAUUGUUUUUAUGAAAUUUUUAAACAUGUUAGCAAAGAUGAUACAAAAACACUUUACAAUUGUCUAUUGGUUAAUCGAUUCUUAUGUAGAUUAAUUAUACCUAUUCUUUAUAAAGAUCCAUUUUCCGCUGUAAAUGAUUUAAAACAAAAUUAUUGUUUAAUAAGAAUAUAUCUUUCUUGUCUAGAUGAAAUUGAAAAAGAUUAUUUACAACAAAAUUCAAUAGAAAUUUUAGAAGAUUCAAUUCCAUUAUUUGAUUAUGCUAAAUAUUUAGAAAAAUUUACAGAUUUAACGCUCCCUAUAGAAUGUUGGUUAAUUUAUCAACUUGGUAAUUUAAAUGAAGAUUUGGUUUAUUUAGAAUAUAAUGAUUAUAUUAAUCAAUUGGAUAGGAAAAAACAUUUAUUAUUACAAAAAAUUCUUUUUCAUUUAUUUUUAAGAAAAAUGAAAAAUUGUAAAGAAUUAAUUAUUAAUUCAAAAUUAUUUGAUGAAUCUUUUUGUAAUUUAUAUCUUUUUAAAAAAAAUUCAUCCAAUUAUAUUAAUUUAUCUUCUUUAAAUUUAAUUAUUACAAAAAAAGAUUUAAAUGAUUCAAAGGAGGGUUUACUUUAUGAUAUUAUUUCUAUUAUAACAAAAAAUUGUUUUAAUAUUAAAGAUUUAAAAAUUACUUUUUUUUCUUAUCUUAAUUCUAAUAUUUUAAAAAAUUCAAUUAAUGAAUUAAUUCAAAAUCAAGAAAAUCUUAAUAAUAUUCAUUUAAUAAAUCCAAAUUUCUUUUCAUGUGAUGUUAAUAGAAUAAUAGAUUCAAAAAGGAAUACACUUAAUUCAAUUAAUUUUACAAAUUCAAUUCAUAAUAUUAAUCAUGAAACUUUUGAAGUUAUAUCAAAUUGUAAAAAUUUGGAAAGAUUGGAAUUUAAUAAUUGUAGAGGUUUAACUUAUCGUAAUAGUAAAAUCUUAUUAAAAUCUUCUUUAAAAUUAAAAGAAUUAAUUUUACAUAAUAAUGGUAAAAUUAAUUUAUUCGAUUUAUCUUUAAUUCGUAGAUUAGGAAAUAAUUUAAUUAAUUUAUCAAUUGAUCAAAUAUCUUAUGUAUCAUUAAGAAUUAUUUCUCGUCAUUGUUUUAAUCUUAAAAUUUUAAAAAUUGUAUUAAGUACUAAUAGAAAUAUGCCUUUUAAUUCUUAUCAAUAUUUUAAAAUUAUGAAAAUUGAACAACUUACUAUUUAUUAUCAACAUAAUUUAUUAUUAGAUGAUCAUAUUUUAAAAAUUUUGGCUGAAAAUUUACCUGAUACUUUAUAUAGUUUUACUAUAGAAAAAAAAUUUUCUAAUUCACUUUUUACUUUUUUAAAUAAUAAUUAUAAUUGUAUUACUCCUAUUGGUUUGAAUAAUUUUUUAAUUAAUUGUAGAGUAAAUUUAAUUAAUUUAAAUUUAGAUUUUUAUUUAAAAAAUAAUUUACUUGAAAAAAUUCUUGUUCAUGUUAAAAAAAAGAAAUCUUUAAAAUAUUUAGGUAUUAGAUCAUGUUCUUUUUGGCUUGGAAAUGAUGAAUAUGGUAAUCAACUUUUAAAUGAAAUUAAGGAGAAUGGUGUUGAAAUUAUUACAAUUAAGAAUAGUGAUUUAUUGUUACGUGAAUGA